AUGUGUCUUCCGCCUCCCCUGCUUCUUAGCACUUCCUCUCUGGCUAACUUAGCCAAAGGCACCCGGACCAGGGUCCAGCCCCCUGGAAAUAGGACAGACCUAGGGAAGGCUACACCACUCUGCCUUGUGUCUGUGAUUGGCACCAGCUUCCAACCAGUAGCUGGUAAAGCCUUCCCCUCUUCUCCAGGUGUCAUGUUCAUAUCUCUGCUGGCUAUCAUCCUACUGUCAGUGGCGCUGGCUGUGGGCCUUCCUGGCAACAGCUUUGUGGUGUGGAGCAUACUGGUAAAGAUGCGGAAGCGCUCUGUCACUGCCCUGCUGGUGCUGAACUUGGCUCUGGCUGACUUGGCUGUGUUGCUCACUGCCCCCUUUUUCCUCCACUUCCUGGCCCAAGGCACCUGGAGUUUUGGACUGGCAGGCUGCCGCCUGUUCCACUACGUCUGUGGAGUCAGCAUGUAUGCCAGUGUCCUGCUGAUCAUGGCUAUGAGUCUGGACCGCUCACUGGCAGUGGCCCGCCCUUUUAUAUCGCAGAAGCUGCGCACCAAGGCGAUUGCCUGCUGGGUGCUGGUAGGCAUCUGGGGGGUGUCCGUUUUGCUGGCCAUACCCGUCAUCGUGUACCGCAAGUUAACCUUGAGACCAAACAACAGGAGCCUGGUCUGCUUCCUGAAGUACCCCAGUGAAGGACACAGGGUUUUUCAUCUGCUCUUCGAGGCCUUCACUGGCUUUCUGCUGCCUUUCCUGGCCGUAGUGGCCAGCUACUCGGACAUUGGGCGCAGGUUGCAGGCCCGGCGCUUCCGCCGCAGCCGCCGCACAGGCCGCCUGGUGGCGCUCAUCAUCCUGGCCUUCGCGGCCUUCUGGCUACCCUACCAUGUGGUGAACCUGGCGGAGGCCGGCUGCUUGCUGGCCGGCAGGACCGCCGAGUCCGGGCCUACCGGGCAUCGGCUGUACCUGGCCCGCCAAGUGCUCAUCGCGCUGGCCUUCCUGAGCAGCAGCGUGAACCCCGUGCUGUACGCGUGCGCCGGCGGUGGCCUGCUGCGCUCAGUCGGCGUGGGCUGGGUUGCCAAGCUGUUGGAGGGCACGGGCUCCGAGGCGUUGAGCACCCGCCACAGGGGCACCGUGGGCCAGACGAUGAGGGAUGUCCGCGCCUGUCCUGAGCCUGGCCCCACCGAGAGCCUCGCUGCCUGCACCAACAGUACCGAGUGAAGCAACUGAACUGGGGGCACUAGUGGUGGGGAAGGACUCUCGUUUUCCUCCUGUAGAGCGUCCCCAAGUGAACCUGACCCAAUUCUGUUCCCCAAGGAGGAGCACGCGCCUGGGGGUGGAGAGAAGAGGGAGGGGCGGGGCAAGUAUGGGCAGAGCGGGAGCCUGACUCCCAUGCCGCUUUACAAUUAAACCUAAAUCUGAAAUUGGGCCAACCCUGUGUGGGGGGUUGUAUGCAUUAUAUGCAUUAUGGAGGAUAGGGGUGAUCCUGGGAGCCCUUGUAAGGGUCCUUCUUAGUAAUGGAGAGGCACAUCCUUUAAUUUCUCAUCAUUUUCAGUGUGGGGAGGGAUCAAAGACAGACAUAGAAAUCAGGCAUAGAAAUUCCCUCCCCCUGAGGCAGAAGGUCUGCAGAUCAUACUGUGAACAACACAGGUAUGCAGGCUCCUGAAGGAGCUGACUACAGAAGCACACGGUGUGCUCAUCACUUCAGACUCCCUGACUUAGCUGGUCUUCUGUGAAAAUUUAGCACUGCUGUGGGACCUCUGCCCUGAAGCCUGUGGUAGGUAUCAUUGUUGGCAUGACUACAACUACCUGCCAGUAAUCGUCCUCCUGGCAGAAGACAUUUGAGGGGAUUGCCUUCCUCUCCUCCAUCUCCCAAGGAGGCCACACUUGAGAACUAAGUCAUCAGAUUUUACCUUCUAGAACUCUGCACAUCAGCAUUCCUCCAGCCCGUAAAACACACUCUGGCACAGGGUGGGGCUGAGGGCCUUCUGUGAUCCUGGUCACCCUUAGGAAGCACAGAUUCCCAAAAGUGAGAGGGAUGAGUCAUUCUUCCCCAGAGCCGACUAGUCCUAGCCUUGACUGGCUCUGUUCUGACAGCCUUUUAUAGGAAGAUGUAGUAGCAGUGAUAGCAGUGUACUUUUUGCAUCUCUUGCAUAAAAAAAGAAAGAGCAACUAGAAGAAAAACCAAAGAUCCAUGUGCAAAAUCUGCAACAACCUAAGGUGUCAAGAUAUCCCCCAUGGACCCUAAAAUAUGAGUAGGUGGGAAAGAACCAUGGAUGCUUCAAGACCCACAUAAUAUCAUCAUCUGUGCAGAAAGAUGCAGAAGGAAGCAAGGGGGCAUCUGAGAGACCUGAGAUCAGGAGAACCCUGAAACUGUCUACAGGUCCUCACUGGAAAGCAUGGUGGGUCAAUCUGGAAAAGGCAGCUGAAACACAGAGGGACCUAAUAGAUUACUACCCAGGCCUCUCGCCCAUGUUGCAAAUUAAGCAUGUCAUAGGUGCUUAUGUAAGUGUCUGUUUAAUGAAUAAAGAUGAAAUGACAUUUUC